AUGAGUGGCAACAACAACAGUAUAAGUGACAGAAUCUGUGUCUUGGCAUCACACUUCACUGGUUCCAGCCCCAUGGCUUCAGAAAAGGAAGCUGCUCUUGCUGCCACACCCUCCGAUGCUGAUGCUCCAACCAUAUUUGACAAGAUCAUCAAUAAGGAGAUUCCUUCUACUGUGGUUUAUGAGGAUGAUAAGGUGCUUGCCUUCAGGGACAUAACUCCCCAAGCUCCUACACAUAUUCUUAUCAUUCCUAAAGUCAAAGAUGGGUUAAGUGGUCUAUCCAAGGCUGAGGAAAGGCACUUUGAUAUUCUUGGGCGCCUUCUUUACACAGCCAAGUUGGUUGCCAAGCAAGAAGGUUUGGACGAGGGCUUCAGGAUUGUAAUUAAUGACGGGCCGAAGGGAUGCCAAUCAGUUUACCACAUUCAUGUGCACCUCCUUGGAGGAAGACAGAUGAACUGGCCUCCAGGCUAA